AACUCCGAAGAACUGUAGCAAUCAAUCAUCUUCAAAAAAAGUCAAUUUCGUUUCUAGGGUUUUGAUUUGAUUCGAUUCCAAGUCAGCAACGAAUAUCUCAAGCUCCGGAAGGACAAGGAUUAGUGUUGAUGGCAGCUUUGCAAAUGUCUCGUGAAUGGAUCGGUAUUCAGCAGUUCCCACCUGCUACUCAGUCUAAGUUGCUCGAGAUCCUUGGCAAGUUCAAAGAAGAGGAUGUGAGCUCGCUAACAGUACUUGUAAUGGGGAAAGGUGGUGUUGGAAAGUCAUCUACUGUGAAUUCAGUUAUAGGCGAGAAAGCUGCUGCAGUCAGUACUUUCCAGUCUGAAGGACUGAGACCGUCCUUAGUCUCUCGCUCAAGGUCGGGUUUUACAUUAAACAUCAUCGACACUCCUGGUCUUAUCGAGGGAGGAUAUGUGAAUGAUCAAGCUGUCAACCUUAUAAAAAGGUUUCUCCUGAACAUGACGAUAGAUGUGCUGCUAUACGUAGACCGUUUGGAUGUGUAUCGGGUGGAUGACUUGGAUAAGCAGGUGGUCACGGCUAUAACCGAUGCGUUUGGUAAAGAGAUAUGGAAGAAGUCUGCUCUUGUCCUCAGUCAUGCUCAGUUUUCUCCACCGGACGGAUUAAACUAUGAUCUCUUUGUCUCCAGAAGAUCCGACGCUCUUCUGAAACUGAUCCGUGCUAGCGCUCAACUGAAGAAACAGGAUAUGCAGGAUUCAUCUAUUCCCGUCAUACUUGUUGAGAACAGCGGAAGAUGUCAUAAGAAUGAAAGCGAUGAAAAGAUUCUUCCAGACGGAACUAGUUGGAUUCCGAAUCUGUACAAGACAAUCACAGAGAUCUGCUUUAAUGGCAACAAGUCGAUCCACGUUGACAAGAAACUGGUCGAAGGGCCAAACCCAAACGCAAGAGGAAAACGACUAAUCCCAUUAAUCUUUGCAUUCCAAUACCUGCUAGUGAUGCAGCCAUUGGUUAGAGCAAUCAAGUCUGAUGUCUCCAGAGAGAGUAAACCGGCGUGGGAGAUGCGCGAAUCCGGUUCAGCAAGUCGAAGGUCUUAAAACUCGGGUCUUGUUUGGUUCGUCUUGAGAAAAUUCCCGUAGUCGAGAGUUAUUAUAUGUUUUCACAGAUUUUAACUGCCUGUAACGACGUUGUAAGCUUUAUGUAUUGGUCUUCUUUUGCAA